AUGGCCGAUGGAAAGAAGAUUCGUGUUGCUGCAGUCCAAGCUGAGCCAGCAUGGAAUGAUCUCGAAGGUGGAGUCGACAAGGCAAUUGCCAUCAUCAAUGAGGCAGCGGCCAAUGGCACGAAUGUUUUGGGAUUCCCAGAGGUCUUUAUUCCUGGCUAUCCAUGGACCAUCUGGGCAAAUUCCGUCAUCGAAUGUGCCGGGUUCAUGGACGAGUACUACAUGAACUCGCUCGAGCGAGAGUCGCCACAGAUGGACAGGAUUCGAGCUGCUGUUGCCAAGGCUGGCAUGUUCGUUGUACUUGGCUACAGUGAACGCUACCGUGGGAGCUGCUACAUCGCUCAGUCGUUCAUCGAUCCUACCGGCACUAUUGUUCAUCAUCGCCGCAAGAUCAAGCCUACUCAUGUAGAGCGGGCAUACUAUGGCGACGGACAAGUAGAUUCCUUGAAGACUGUGGUUCCAUCGAAGUUCGGAAACAUCGGAGGUCUCAAUUGUUGGGAGCAUUGCCAAACCCUCCUCCGUUACUACGAAUACGCCCAAGAUGUGGAAAUCCAUGUUGCGAGCUGGCCAUUGAUUUGGGAUGAGCCCGAAGACAAGAAUAUCCCGUCUCUGCAGUAUCACAUUACUGGCGAGAUGAACGCGAAGUUGUCUCAAGUCAUGGCCAUGGAGGGCGCCACUUUUGUGGUGCUCUCUACACAGGUUCUAACCGAAAAGAACCGGGACAAGUGUCAGCUCAACAAUUUUCCAUACGCCACAACGCCCGGUGGCGGCUUCAGCAGAAUCUACGGACCAGAUGGAAAAGAGCUGGUCAAACCUCUUGGUCCCGGCGAAGAGGGGCUUUUGUACGCUGAUAUUGAUCUCCAUGACAAGGCUCUCGCGAAACACAACCUCGAUGUGGUCGGACACUACAGUCGUCCGGAUUUGCUGUCCCUUCGAGUAACGACAGAAGCAAGCUCUCAAGUCCAUUUCGUUACACUCCCAGGUCGCGGCAGCCAACCACAGACUUUGACCAAUGCAACAAAGCACAGCAUCACCAAUGGUAGCGAUCAUGGUCUCAUUCAGAAUGGCAGAGAGCCUUCGUCUCUUCCAGAGAUCCCAGUCAAAAAGUUGAUCGCGUGA